CUUUUAAUUCUGUCACUUUCCUCAAAUUUCUUUGCUUGACUACUAGCAAUUGAUUAGUUCUACCGACUCUUGUUUUACUCCAAAAUCACACACCCUUUCACAAUUCUAACGACACAUGCAUUCACCCAAAUUUUCUAUGAGUAGGUAGCCGAGGUUCUCCCAGUAUCUUGCUAGUACUCGCGUAAUUUCUUUUCUUCAAUAUAUAUUAUUAUUUAUUGUCUCAUUUACCUCGUAUACCUUGCUUCGAAUUCUUUUUUUUUUUUUGAGUCUAUCCAAAACAACUAAAGAGGUCUGCGUACAUCUUAACCUUCCCGGACAAAGCGAAAUUGGGUACGUUAUUGUUGUUGUUGUUGUUUCUAAGGAAUUAUGGAGUGGGAAAAUCAAAAGCCACCGGAGACGGCGGAGGAAUUGAACGGAGGGAUGUUUGUGAAAGUGAUGAGUGAUGAGCAAAUGGAAGUGCUCCGCAAGCAAAUUGCAGUGUAUGGUGUGAUUUGUGAACAGCUUGUUCAGUUGCAUAAAUCUAUGGCCUCUCAAUAUGAUCUUGCUGCAGGAACCAGGCUGGGGAAUCUAUAUUGUGAUCCACUAAUAACAUCAGCUGGACACAGAAUCAAUGGCAGACAUCGUUGGACUCCAACACCGGUGCAACUUCAAAUUCUUGAACGUAUGUUCGAUCAAGGCAAUGGAACACCAACCAAACAAAAAAUCAAAGAUAUAACCUUUGAAUUAUCUCAACAUGGACAAAUCUCCGAGAUGAAUGUAUAUAAUUGGUUCCAAAAUAGACGUGCUCGAUCGAAAAGGAAACAACAAGUUGGUACAAAUUUAAACAACGUUGAGUCGGAAGUGGAGACGGAGGAGGUUGAAUCACCAAAUGAAAAGAAAACAAAGCCAGAGGAUUUGAUAUCUUCCAAGUCAGCUGAAAGUUUUGAUCAAUUGUCCUUCUAUGAAAUGUCUUCUAGUCCAGGUAUGUUUAUUAUAAAGCAUCAUGCGUUCGCGCAGGAUUCACCCCAUCAUCAUAAAUUACAAAGUGCUUCUGUCUUUCUUUCAUUUAAAGGAAAAGGGUCGAAAGUACCCGUUCUAGUAUGCAAACUAUCUCAUUUUUCUUUUUUUUUACACUUUGGAGCCAUUCAUAUCUUUCGUAGUUGGCAAAACGUUUCAUAUUUUCACUUGACCGUAAUGGAGGUUCAACCUAAAGUACAAUGGAGGGUAAUUUUAAACUAUAGUAAAACGUAAAAGGGGGAAAUUUGUACGUUCAUGAAGUAUUUUGAUACGUGGAAUCCAUCCAAUCCACAUUGGUCUUCCCUGAAAAUCAAGGUAAAAAGGAGAUGAUUUUCUGGUGGCAAUGGUAUGGAUCACCCCAUAGUAUAAUAUAGGGUAAACUUAAGAUAAGUUGUACCGUAGAAAAAGGGGUGACUUUAGAUCCUUUCCCUUCAUUUAAUUGUCAAAAUUGCUCCAUUUUCUACUAGACAUCAUGAGACAGAGAAGGCAAUAAGUACUGUUAAGUUUAGUAAUUAAUGAAUUAACCAUCCACUUUCUGCAUGUGUAUGAUGUUUCACCAAGGUAACAAAUACCUAAAUGUGGUUAUUAUCUGUGGCUUUUGGACUCACCAUAAAUCGGUUGAAAACCAAAGUAUUCAUUUCAUCUCACAUAUGUAAGGAACCUUUUCCAGACUCUUUGAUCCAAGUGAACCCAAUUGCUUGAUUUGGUUAGAUUGUAAAAACAUUAUGGCCUUAUUGUUGUUUCUGCUCUUGUAUAGCAAAACUAGAAAUAGUGUUAAUGGACAAAUCUCUUUGAAUUUUUCUGGUGCUAUAGAAAAGGAGAUAAAAAAAGACAAGAGCCCAGAGCACAAGGCAUUCCGUGCUCACGUAGGGUUCGGGAAAGGUUUCACUGCUGUGGGUAGCCUAUAGUAUCGGUGGUUGAUUUCACGGCUCGACUCCUGACCAAUAGAUCGUUCUACCCUUAAUGACAUAAAUGUUCUUAUAUGUAAUAUAAAAAUGUUAUGACAUAUUUAAGAGUUGAGACUACAAUUUCUAAGGAUAUUUUUGGUAUGUGCCAAUUUUUUUUUUCUUUCUUAAACUUUGUACUCAGUGAAAUACCGUUAUAUAAAAUAAAGCGGAGGAAAUAUCUAAAUAUAUGCAUUAUACCCUUUAUUUUUGUUUUAUUUCUCAAGUAG